AUGCUCGCUGUGCUUGGAGUCAAAGUUCUCCUCAACCCCUUCGUCAUUCCAUACAGCGCUACUUGGUUUAUGAUGAGAGUGAUCACUUGGUCUUCCACACAAGACAACGCCUCAAGUCACAAAACCAUGCCUGACAACAACAAGGGACGCCGAGAAGAACACGCGACCAGUAAUCUGGACCCGCAGGCCGGAUAUCUUCCAGACACGUCAAGUGGAGAUCCAGAAUUCGAUGCCAUGUUUGCUGAGGAGCUUAUCGAAGUCUAUGUGAAGCGAGGAACGGGGGAUUUCGAAACGGCUGAACAACUCGAAGCUUCUAUCGAUCGAGAAGCAACCCAUCAUAUUCUAUUGGCCAGCGUAUCAGCUGAGCCAAAGUUUAGCGCAACAGGAUAUAGCUCCAGAGGACCUAUAGAGACGGCCAAUGGCGCCAAAGCUGUGGAGCCAGCACCAGGCUCCGGUCGAGAUCCUACUGAUAGGGCCUGGAUGACUUUGCGCACAGAGUAA